AGGACCCCGGGUAAGGCUAGGCGCUCGCUGUUGGAACCUUGCCCGGCACUAGCCCCGGGUCGCAGCGCCGCCCGGCCGGUCGACUUUCCUUCCUCGGGUCAACACUGGAGGACACACAGGGUUGCUUCACCUGCGCUGGAGCCCCAGCCGCUCCUGUGCAUGAAGGCCCCGUGGUCUUUGGUCUCCCUGGGCCAUCUUGUCUGAACAGUGUGUCCCUGGUGACAAUCGGGCUUUAUUUUUAAGUAGACCAGCCCCGAAGCGCAGGACCUUGGAAUGUAACACGUCCAACUGUUUUUAAGAAAGUAAAUGUUUUAUUAAUAGCGUUAUUUGGACUGUUCGAAGCCAUAGCAUCACUCUCUUCCGAUCAAAAAAAGAUUUUGCUCAGAUUCCUUAAGUUAUGGCACAGGCAGGUGUGCUGUGUCCUUGCCCCGAAACCUUAAAAAACGGCCUUGGGAACGCAGAACUGAGCGGGACUGUGAGUGAUGUUGCAGAGUACUGGGAAAUCGAGGAAGACAGCUCUGUCCCUCCUGCCUCAUCCCCAAUUAUAUGAUGGCUCGGACCAUGGAACCCCUGGCAAAGAAGAUCUUUAAAGGAGUUUUAGCUGCUGAGCUCGUGGGCGUUUUUGGAGCUUAUUUUUUGUUUAAAAAGAUGAACUCGAGCCAAGAUUUCAGGCAAACAAUGAGCAAGACAUUUCCCUUCAUUUUGGAAGUUUAUUACAAAUCCAUUGAACAGUCUGGAAUAUAUGGGGUUAGAGAAAAAGAUCAGCAAAAAUGGCUGGGUAGCAAAAAUUAAGGAUCUGGUCCCCGACCAAUGUUUAUCUCUACAAGAAACCAACGGUAUCACUCAGGAUUACAAUCCCACAGCUGACAUGGAUGGAGUUUCUACUGUGUGAAACAAAAUAUAAAUUGUAAUUCAGAUCUUUUUCUUUGGCCUUGAAAAAGCUGACUGAAGAAUGUUUACUGUAUUAUCAAUAAACUUUUAUUUAUGCUACUGAAAAUAAAAUGUAUUAAAAACUCA